GAGAAGUAUAUAUCCCCUCUAUGUGGAGCAUUCUUGAAGAAGAAGAAAAUUUCUGUGAACACCCACUGUUUAUGUAAAGAAAAACAAAACAGGGGGCAGAGAUUCCAGAAUUUCUCCUAAAUUCACACUUCCCUUCACCUCUCACACAUGCAUUAAACCCUAAUUCACAAAAUCCUCAUCAGUGACAUGGACGCCGCCCAAAAUCCUUUAUGCGCACAAGAAACACUCGAUCUUCUAAAUUGCACCACUGAGAAGCCUUACGAUAAGGAGAAAUGCCAACGUCUGCUCGAAUCCUUGCGCCAAUGCGUCCUUAACAAGCCCCCAAGAGUCAAGACGCAAGACUCACCACCAGUUCUCCGCCAGACAUCAGUAGAUACUGCACAGAAGUGGGAGCGUGCUUUUGUUAAGAAACAACAAAAGUUGGCAGUUUACACGUUCUGGCAGUUUGAUUUCUUUGUUUUAUAUAUUGCAAAUUUUUUUAGUUUUAUGUUAUCGGGUAAACCGAUAACCGAACCGAUAACGAUAUAUAAUCGAUUAACCGAUAACCAAUAUCUUAUCGGUUUGGUUAUCGGGUUAUGAUAUUUGUAAACCGAUAACCGAUAGACAAAACCGAUAAUGUUCAAAACCGAACCGAACCGACCGAUGCCCGCCCCUAUUGCUAGAUACAACAACACUCCUCAAUACCAAGCAAGUUAAGGUCAGCUAUAUGAAUUCUCGGUUACCAUGUCACUCUCACUCUGUUUAAGCUCAUCAAAUAUCUUGCUAGAUGUAAUUGCCAAAAGCUCAUUAUGGAGCAUGUUCCUGUUGUUAGUUUAUUUUCUGUAUGCCGCAAUCGGCUUCUUUAGUAAAGGCUAAUUCCUGAAAGGAAAAUUACUCUUGUGUUGCAAAGAAAAAUAUAUUAAUGAACAUUUGGUUUUUAGAUGUUCUUGAAUGAGGCUUUCUGUUAUGCAUCUAAGCAGAAAAUAUGUAUAAGAAACUUGUAUCA